AAAGGGAAUGUUCUGGCCAUUACUGGGUUGUUUAGUUUUGUGUUGGUUGAUGUGUGAUAAAUCGUGUGUUUGCAGGUUAGAACACUUUCUGAGGCAGUUGUGUUUGGUUAUACGAGUCAGACAGGCGAGUGUGGUCUGACAGAAAGGAAAAAGGCUGAGUAUGACCUAACAGAGUCAUAAGUCUAGGAACAGAAACAGUGCUGCUGUGUGUUUGGGGUUGUUUCCACCAAUAAGAGCUUUUAAGUCGAAGGAGGAAGUACUGAAAGAUAAAUUUGACUUGUUAAAAUACACUGCACUUGGAACUCACUAAACAUCUUGGGCGCAGAGCAGCAGAUGAUGGAGGAGAAUACAGUGCAAGAUAAAGCUCAUGAGAUGGAGGAAAAGCUGGAGUCGAGCUGCCUGAGAGAUCCUGUCAAACAAGAGCGUGAGCUAAGGCUGGUGCUGCUGGGCUGGGCAGGGACAGGGAAGGGCAGCAUGGGUAAUGCCAUCCUCGGCAGUUCUGGGUUUGAAACUCGAAGUUCUCCAUUGGAGAAGCCGGUUACUGUUCAGAGUGAAAAAAGGAGUGCAAACGUUGCAGGGAGACAGGUCACCGUGGUGGACACUCCAGACUGGUUCUUCUCAGAGAGCCCACCAGCAGAAGUCCAGAGUCAGAUCUCUUUCUGCAAAUCUUUGGCAUCUCCAGGACCCCAUGCUUUCCUGCUCUGCAUCCCUGUCAAUCAGCCCAAUGAGCUGGACCUGCAGACUCUGGAUGCUUUAGAGAUGGUAUUUGGAUCUGAAGCUAUCAGAAAACACACCAUCAUUCUGUUUACUCAUACAGACCAACUGUCGGAGGGUUUAACACUGCAGGACUGCCUUAAAUCAGAGCGGAAGGACUUGAGAGAGAUGCUGGAGAGGUGUGCAGGCCGAUAUCAUGUCAUUAAGUUCAGAGCAGAAACACAAGAGGAGGAGAAGGAAAUGCAGCAGAGUGUAACAGAAUUGCUGGAGAAGGUAGAUGAGAUUACAGAAAAAAGUGGUACGGAAUUUUACACCUGUCCUCCACUCAUGCAGAGCGAUAGCAAAGUCGAAGAGGUUGAAGCACGUGUAGUGGAAGACGUGUCUGCCCAGAUCUUAAGGAGAAGGAGAGAUAGCGAGGAGGAAGUCUCAGAAAUCGAAGAAAGCGAUGAGAAACUGGUGGAGAGCACUGAUGGUCUGGAGCAGGAGGAGGACCUCAAUAUAUGUCCACCUGGGCCUCCUCCAACAUUCUUUCGCUGGCUUUGGGACACAAUAGUUGGAUGGGUGCUGUGGCUGCCCAGCCAGAUAAGGGGCACCACUCUACUUGGAUCAAUCAUAGGACUGUUCUUUGGGGGUGCAAUGGGAGCCACUGUGGGCACUGUUGCCACUGAGGUUGAAAGGAGAAAGCACAAAACAAAGUCAAAAUAAUGUUGGCCAUAUACAUCAGGACACCUGUGUAAUGAAAGUUAUGGUUUGUGACACAAUGAAAUCUCGCUUCAGACUUAGUUAAACUAAUUUAGAAACAUUUUGCCUGCAGUAAUGUGUGGUUCUAAUUAAAACAAGUAACUACAUUUAAACCAAUGGUUGAGUGGUUGAACAAAAUCACAAUUUUACCAUGAAAAUAUAAAAAUGGCAUAGAAACAUAUUUACUUUCUUACAGUCAUGCAAUUUAUAAGAGCCCCGGUCAUCCUGACACAUCCCAUAAUACCAGGCUUAACGUUUUGGAAGUAUAAAAAAUCUCAAACCUCAAAAAAACACGACACUUUGCUUACAUUUAUUUUUACAAGCACAAUGUACUGUAGGUGUGCAAGUUUUAUUUUGCUAGAAACACUUAUGCAGUUUAAACACGCACAUAUGUAUAUGUACAAGUUGGUAUGCACACUAAACUCAGAAACACAAGAUGUACUGAAGAAAUGACAACAGACAAUAAAAUUUCUGUAAACCUCA